AAAAACACUGAUAAAAUACGAAUACUUCAAAUUUUACUUUUAUGUAGAAAGUAAAAAUACUUAAGUGUCCGCCUCUGUAAUGUUUAUACACAGUAACGUAAGGUAAAAGGUGUGUCUAAAAAAUACUUAACCGCAAUCUAUCAAUAUCAACAAGCACUAACUGAGAAUAUAUCCAGUUAAACCAGUAUUUUUGUUCCUUGUAAGCAGCGGUUGUGUAAUCUCAUGAGUUAAUCUCAUGCAGUUUACCUGUACCACAAGUAAACGAAGCUCCGCCCCACACAUAUCUUGCGCGCACGCUUUCUCUCACCCUUUCUCUCUCUGAGACACACACACCUCAGCAUGGUCAUGAAGAAUGGACAGUUUAACAUCAGCACAUUAUGAACUUUACCGCUAUACUACAGUGGGUGCUUCUUUUGGCAUUUUUUGGGGAAAUUCAAGGCCAAGCAUUACGUUUCACCACCAAGGAGGAGCAAGAAGUGGGCAUCAAGAUCGGAAGUCUAAGCACAUACUACUCACCUCCAUACCGGCUCCUCGGUGAAAAGUACAUCAGGGUGGAUGAGAGCACAGGAGACCUGUACACUACAGAGCGCUUGGACAGAGAGGCUUUGUGCCCUUCACAGAUCGACAGCACCUGUGAUAUUUCAUAUAAUGCACUCGUGACUCCUAAACUUGAACUAGUACAGUUAGUUGUCACGGUGGAGGAUAUUAAUGACAAUGCUCCUUACUUUGAAAACAGCGAGAUAUACUUAAGCAUACCUGAAGAUGCAUUGGUCGGGAGCGGUUUUCCUCUGGACGAUCAAGCACAGGAUGAGGAUGCUGGUAACAAUGCAAUGAUACAUUACCACUUAGAAGCAUCUAAUGGAUUUUUUGGCAUUAGACAAAAUGGCGAUCAACUCGAGUUGACGGUAGAAAAGGAACUAGAUCGUGAAACUCUAGAAAAUCACUUCUUGAUUCUUGUUGCAGUCGACGGAGGUUCACGUAGCGCUACUGCUAAUCUCACUGUAACUCUAACUGAUGUAAAUGACAAUUGUCCAGAGUUUGACUCCAGUAGCCCUGACAAUGCCACCGUGACAGGAAUAGGAACUAAGGGCUCACCGGUGGCACAGCUUAAGGCCACAGACAAAGACCUGGGGCAAAAUGCUCAGAUCACGUUCUCGUUUAGCCCUCAGAUUUCAGACAGGGCCAAAACACUCUUUCACAUAGAUGGACAUACGGGUCUGAUCAGCUUAGCUGUUGAUGUACAGGUCGACACUCCUGAAGAGUACACGUUGAAAGUUGCGGCCAAUAGCCCUCUCUGCACCUCUGCUCAAGCUCAGGUUACCGUAUACAUUCGGCCACUGGCACACCUAGAGCCGACCAUAAGGAUCAAGUUUGCCAGAAAGCAUGAAAACCAAGUGAUCGUAUUACCAGAGAACGAGCCCUCCGAUGUCUUGGCGAUUUUGGAGCUGGAGGAGGCCACUGCUGGUAACAGCUCUCUGUCCUUAGCAGCAGAUAGCAUGCCAUUUUCUUUAAAGAGGACACAAGAAGGCAAAUAUUUACUUUCAACAUCAAAGCCUCUAGAUUAUGAGACCUGUAGCAAAUACGAUGUCACGGUGGUUAUCUCUGAUGCUCAAGGCAAACGGCUGCGUGAAGGUGAAGUGAUCAAAGUGGAGAUUGAAGAUGUAAAUGAUAACGCACCAGUGUUUGAACGAGAACACUAUGAAACAAAAAUCGCAGAGAACAACAAACCCUGGGAAUUUCUGUUAAAGGUCACAGCUACCGAUUUAGACAGCCAGGAGUUUGGUAAAGUAAGUUAUGGGCUGUUAGACUCGGGUCCUUUUAGGAUCAAUGAAGAGUCUGGUGUCAUACUCGUGUCAGAGUCUUUGGAUAGAGAGCAGAAGGACACGUACAGCCUGACUGUAUGGGCCAGAGACGGUGGUGUUCCUCCUCAGGAGGCGUUUGCGGUGGUGUCCGUAAUUGUAAUGGAUCAAAACGACAAUCCUCCUGUCUUUCCCACUCCACACUUCUCUUUCUUCGUGUCUGAGAGUAUUCCACAACUCGCCAAAGUCGGGGACGUCCCAGUAAGCGACGCUGAUAAAGGAGACAACGGACGAGUAGUCGAUGUGCGUAUCUUAAAUGAAAAUGUCCCUUUUGCUAUAGACGUCGCUCAAGGAACGCUCCGUAGCACGGGUGAAGUUGACCGCGAGAAGCAAGGCCGCUACGAGCUCGUGGUCGUAGCCGUUGAUGGUGGCACUCCGCCGCUUUCCACCACGGUAAAAAUUACGGUUUUUGUGGAGGACGUCAAUGAUAAUAAACCUCAGGUCAUCCUUCCAAGCAGCAACCUCUCGUGUCUCACCGUACCUCCAACCACCAGAGCGGGAAGCAUCGUCACAAAGAUCUACGCCAUCGACGAGGACUCGGGAAUAAACUCGGACAUCACUUUCCAAAUUGUUCCAAGGCAACCAUCUCUUCACAGCCCCUUCCAGAUCGACCCACGCUCCGGGAACAUCAGCCUGGUGCAGAGCCUGCGAGGCGAGGACUACGGCAUGCACCACCUCUUCAUAGUCGUUCGUGACGGAGGAGAGCCAGACCCGCUGCAGACCACCGUGUGGGUCAACCUGCUGGUCAACGAGACUUUGGAAAAUUGUCUUGUGAAGGACGUUCCACAGACGCCAACGCCACAAACUCCGGCACCGCGCCUGUACGCAGAUGUCAAAUGUGAAUCAAACGCCCGGCCUUUGUUUCUGUGUGCUCUGGGUCUGUUUCUUCUCUCAGUCUGUGUUCUUCUGACGGCUGUAAUGGUGUUUGUGAAGCACAGAUGCGAGAGAAGCAGGGUGAACAAAGAGAGUAUGUGGGAAACUAAAGACUUGCAUGAAUUAAACAAAUUAAACCAUAUGGAAUAAAUGAUCAAAUGGGGUUUACAUGAAUAGUCAUAUGAUGGUCAGUGGUGAUGUUCGUAACUAGUAACUUAAUUUUUUUAGUAAUAUGAAAGUAGUGCAGGUGACGCUUUCGUCAACAACAUGUAAAAGACCAUGGGUCUUAAUAGGGGGUCCGGUGACCCUUGGGGGUCUGUGGUGGUAUUACAGGUGGUCCUCAAAUUAUUGUUUAUAUUCAAACCAUUUUUCUUUAUCAAAUGCAAAAAUGCAUUAAUAGGUUAAUAUUAAAAACAGCAUCUAUUCAGUUUAAAUGUUAUGCAAUAUGCCAAAAAUUAUUAUUUUCAUAUCUUUGUAACGUAGCGAUGCUAACAAAGUAAAUCCAGUCUAACUUUGAUACAUGUAUUAGAAGGUCCCUGCUUCUCCUCUCUAUCUAUUAAAGGCGGGGUGCAUGAUUUUUGAGAAACGCUUCUAGUCGGGCCGACUACCAAAACACAAUUGUAUCAUAUCAGCGGUAAAGGUGCGUGUCUACUAACCAACAUCGUUGCCUGGGUUGCGUAUGUGUGGGGCGGGUCUAUCAAAAGAAGGUCCAGAUUCUACUGAGGUAGGGGCGUGUUUGUUUAGGUGAUUUCAAAUAUCAACAUUGGCUUUCAGAGAUCGUGCACCCCGCCUUUAAGGGGUCCUUGGCUUAUAAAAGCUUAAAGAUCUCAACCAAUAGACUGAUAUACAUCUACUGUCAUGUCAUGUAUAGUGCACAUUUCUUUCUUGAUGUAAAAUAGUUUGAUCAUGUAAAUUCAGAUAAUUUGUGUACAUUUUGUGUAUUUUCUUGAAUGCUUUAUUAUAAAUAUUUUGCAUUUAAAGAGCCUUGGGAACAAUGCACUAUAGAUAUCAAAAUCAGUAUCGGGUACUGAAAACCCCACAUUUCUCAACCACUCGGUUUGGUUAGCACUAAUAUUUCUAUAUAGUCGCUGUAUAUGAGCUGUAGUAGUUAGUAUUACUGCUAGUUGUUAGUUUUAAGUAGCUGACUGGCUGAAAUGCCUGCAAUCUUGUGUGUUUCACAUAGAUUUAUAAUAUAAUAAAAUCCACAAAGACCAAAGCACUUGAAAAUGACUGAAGGAACAUGAUCUGUUAAUCUUCAGCGGUCAUUGUGUAGAUUACAAAAGUGCAGUCAUGCAGAAACAAAAAUGUACCUGUACAGAUUUCCUUUUUCCAUUGAAUUAUUGUUAAUCUUGCUCUCACAAAACAAGUCUAUGUUAAUGAUAAACCACACAAGUUUAAUCAUUUAAAUAAAGUUAAAUGAAAGCAUAUGUCUUCCAUACAAAUCUGAAUGCUAAAGUAAAAGGGCAUAGUGUACUGUAUAAGGCCAAACGUUUAAAGUGCUCUCACAUUUCAGCAGUAUGAUUGAAUGAGAAUGAGGGUUAUAUGAUUCACCUGAAGCAAGAUUAUUAAAACCUUAAGGAAUUGUGGUUGGUUUACAGAUGGGAGAUGUCAGGCAAUCUCGUGUUACCAGGUCUUCUGUCAUCUGAUAGUCUCCUAUUCAUCACAUGUAACGUAGGUGGAUCAGAGACUUAAUAGAGGAGCAGCAUUUGGCUCUUUGAACUAUUAAAGGAAGAAGGAAAUUAUUAUUUGCUCUUGUUUUUAUGCAGGUUUUCUGGAGAAGAAUGUGGAUAUACUGUAUGAGAAAUCUCACCAAUAUGUAAAUAAUUAGAGAUGCACCAAUAUAUCGGCCAGUUAUCGGUAUCGGUCGAUAAAAGCAUUUUUUUCUCAUAAAAACAGCCGAUAGUCAUCCUCUCAAUCAAAAGAGAAUGGAUAAAUGACAUGAAUAUUAGCGCUGUGUAUAAAAAAUUUAAACAAACAUCACUAGUUCAAUAUUAAUGGUCAUUAUGUGAAUGAAUAACAUUCAGAAAAUGUAAUCUUCAGAAUUUAUUUAUGCAAGUUAACCCUUAUGUGUUGUUGGGGAUGUUUUCAUCCACUAGAGGGUUUUUUUACUCUUAAUUUGGCAACAACUUUCUCUCUGUUUUAGCAAAUUUAAUGAUUUUUGAAGACAAAUCUUAUAAUUACACAUAGUUUAAGAAAAUGCUUUGAAAUUUUUCAAAAACUCAACGAUAUAUUGU